GAAAAAUCUAAAGCAGCAACAAAACAUGUAAGUUAAUCUCUGAACAGCCAAAUGUCACAGGCAGUAGUCUACCACUUGUAUCAAAGGUCACCUAUAGUCACACAAUUCAUUCAUGGAGCAGAACAAGGUGUAAACAUGACAUUGACAAAUUAUCACCUUACCAAAUCGUGGCAAACUAUAGCAAACGGCUUAUUUACAUAUCCAGCAGACAUGGAGCAAUGUUAUCAUUCAUUAGGAGCCAUGUUUGUGUCCACAUGAUCAACGUAAAUCCAAUAUUUCCUUCUAACUCCACCAAAUCCUGAUGUAAAUAUCUGGCUCUUGAACCUGUUUGGGAUUGGACCAAAACAGUAUGGAUGUGGACUGUUAAAGCAAAACAAUUGAGACACUAACAUGUUUUGUAGAGCUGAAGGGGAACUGCAGAGUUCUGUGAUACUUGUGUUUCUGUGGAUUCAUAACUACAACUGACCACACACGAUUUCACUAAACCCAGGCCUUAAGUAGUUUCUGUGGGCCCCCUGUCCCUCUUCUCUCGAUCCAUGUCUCUCUCAAGCACUUUUUGAGUUCACACAGUUUGCUUUCUGUCCUUCUCUUUUCUUUUUUGGAACCCCGAGAAAGACAUGACAGGGUACACUGGUGCUCCAGGAAAAUAAGCACUUACUCACUCAGAUCUAGAUGCAAUCAGAGAUAAAUCCUGGGUGGAGUUAAUUGUUUUGUGCUUUCGAGGGGUGAGAGAGGCCUCAGACAGCUCCCACUGUUUUCCAGCCACAUUCAGCCAGUUUUAAUUUAGUUAAAGCACUAAUUGCUUAUAAAUAAUUAAUAAAAAUAAAUUAAAAAAUGCAAACAAAACCAAACUUUUCAUUCCAGGCUUUUCAAGGGCCUCACUCCCAUUGAGCCCUGGAUAAGCAGUCCCACUUUUGCCCCCACUACGACUCCCCUGCAUACAUAUAGCCUAUUAUAUUCCAAAUUAUAUACAGAUGCAAAUGUCUGUCUCCUUUUUGUAGCUGAAUCACAUUAAAAAUCAAAAACAAUCUUACCCAGAGAUCUCAGUCAAACACUGACCCAUGACCCGCUCUCUGCUGCUCUCUCAUUGGACGAUCCUGUCUGUCUUACUUUCACUUUCUCUGCUCCACUGCUGCGUUCUGCGCAUGCUACACACAGCAACACGAAGCGACAGGUCCUGUACAACCUGAAGACUUUACGACUACAUUAGGUUAUGUUUAUCGCUAUACAGCUACUUUACAUUAUGGAUGAGAUGAAGGAAAGGCUGUAAAGCUCCGAGUGCAGUGACACAGUCAGGUGUUGUUAGCGCUGAAAUCAAAAGUGAAAGUAUAGUCGUGAUUUUGGUUUCUCGGCAGGUUUUUUUUUACUUUAUCUUGUUGUAUUAGAGUUCAGCUGUGUUACAACAGUUUUAAUUGAUAAAAACACGGUACCGGACUCCAUGAUGAUGAUUGCAGUAAUUUUAUUUGGAGCCUUCCUGACGUGCGCUCAUGGUGACGGGGUCACAGAUGUGGUACUUUCCUGCACCCUGGUGGAAGAGGGAGUGGGGCUGGGUGGAAUGGGAGGUGGAUCGCUUUUCAAACGGACUCCAGCCACUCUUGUUUUAAAAGACGUCUCAGUCCCUCCAGAUGAAUCACUUGAAACACUCACGCCGUUUGUCCCGCCUUCAAUCCCUGACCCAGAUGCUAUCCUGUUGGAAGCCAAAGUGUCUUCACCUGAGAUCCCAAAUGUACAUGUGUUGCUCCAUGCGGACUGCAAUGAUCAGGAGGUGAUGUGUGAAAUAAGCCGUUACACCCCUCGUGGAUCCCAGGAAAGUUCAGAUCCAGCUUAUUUCAUGGUGUCUCUAAAUGUGGAGGGAGUUGAGUUCAGCACUGCGUUGAUUCUGCAGACUCUGCCGGUGGAGAAGGACCUGUCGACCCUCAUACAAAGCAAACUGGGUCUGCCUCUUAGCCAGUCAGGAACUCUUCUGACUGAGGUGAUAUUCCUGGUGUUUUCCCACAUUAAAUCUGUGACUGCCACCCUGAGAGGUGAUGCUCUCCUCAACUGUGGCUUCAAGCAGCAGGACGUACCCUUAGCGCAGGAAGUGGGCAUUGAGUGGCGACUGCAGCACAGGGGGAAAGGGUGGAAAGUGCUUGACAUGAAGACAAGCUUGGAUGAUGUAGAAGGGAGCACAGUGGUGCAUGCAGAAAGGAGGGGAUCAAGCAUGGAGGUGGCCCAGGUUGUUGGUGAGGGUAACGCCGCUGUGACGCUGAACAAGCUUAGAGUGAUGGAUGAGGGGACCUACAUCUGUACUGUCAGUAUCGGUCUUUUCCAUGUCCAGCAGGUCAUUCAACUCCACAUUAUUCAACCACCUCAUGUUUCACUCUCAGAGGAGAAGUUGGUUUUGCAGACCAAUUCACCCCAGAUGUUGAGCUGCCACUGCACUAAAUACUAUCCCCUGGAUGCUCAGAUGGAGUGGUUAUCCCUCUCUCCUACAGACACAGAGCCUACAGUGCUUCCAGAUCAGGGCUCUCUGUCUAGCCACCGACAGCAUGGUGAUGGGACUUAUUCCCUGUCGUCUCACCUCACUCUACCCACCAGUGUCUCCCCUGGAACUAAACUCACCUGCAGGGUGUCCCACCCAGCCCUGGAGGCUCCUCUCUCUGUCAGCCUGGUGGUAGAAAGUCCACAACCAGGUUCCUAUUGGUGGGUUCUGGGUUUCCUGAUUGUCAGUGUGCUUUUCUUCUACCAGGUCAUGAGAUAAGUUAGUCUGUACAUGUUCUCAUAGUUACUCCUCCAGACCUGGAACUGAGCCCUGAGAGAUUUCCUGUGUCAUUAGUGAGUCUUUAAGUUAUUAAUGAUUUCAUUAGAAGCCAUCACUGGUUCACUCUUCCAGGCUUCUAGUGAACCAAAAGAAUGCGAUUUUGAAACUGUAUUUCAGUAUCUUACUGUACUUGCUUUAUACGUUUGCUGUUGAGUUUUUUUGGUGGUGGCUACUUAUGUUAAGUUGCAUUAAGCAGCUGGAAGUUGCAUUUCUGUAACCUGUAACAUAUUAAAUCUUAAAUCCCAAACUGUA